CGGUGGCUUUGGCCGUGUAAAUCUCCAUCAGUGUCCUGCCGCUGCGCCGGAGCGAGAGAGAGGAGCCCGUCACCUGAAACACAGGGCGAAUUUCAUCAUCCACCUUUAGAAUCUCUUCAGGGUUGUCUGGAAACCUUCCUCCAUCGCGUCCGGUUUGUUUCGUGCCGACGGAGGCGGGUGUCAUUGAGCCGCGGGGCGUCGCUUCUCCAAACGCGCAUCGGGAACCAUUACGAUCUCCAGCCGUCAGCAGAGAUGUCCGGAUACCAGGGCAAGAAGAACAUCCCUCGCAUCACUAGUGACCGACUUCUAAUUAAAGGAGCAAAGAUAGUGAAUGAUGAUCAGUCUUUUCAUGCCGAUAUCUAUAUGGAGGAUGGAGUCAUCAAGCAAAUUGGUGAAAACCUCAUAGUUCCUGGUGGCGUGAAGACCAUCGACGCCCACGGCAGGAUGCUGAUACCCGGUGGCAUCGACGUUCACACACGCUUCCAGAUGCCUGACCGAGGAAUGAUAGCAGCUGAUGACUUCUACCAGGGCACACGAGCUGCUCUCGCUGGUGGCACCACUAUGAUCAUGGAUCAUGUGGUCCUAGAGCCGGGCGUCAGUCUGAUCGCUGCCUUUAACCAGUGGAGGGAGUGGGCCGACCACAAGUCCUGCUGCGAUUACGCUCUUCAUGUGGACAUCACAGAGUGGCACAAGGGCAUGCAGGACGAGCUCGAGGCGCUGGUCAAAGAUCACGGUGUUAACUCUUUCUUGGUCUACUUGGCCUACAAAGACAUUUUCCAGCUAAAUGACUCCCAGAUGUAUGAGGUGUUCAGUGUGAUCAGGGACCUGGGAGCCAUCGCCCAGGUGCACGCAGAGAACGGGGACAUCAUUGCUGAGGAGCAGAAAAGGAUUCUGGGUUUGGGUAUCACUGGUCCAGAGGGACAUGUCCUGAGCCACCCAGAGGAGGUGGAGGCCGAGGCCGUCAACCGGGCUGUGACCGUCGCCAAUCAGAUCAACUGCCCGCUCUACAUCACCAAACUGAUGAGCAAGAGCGCUGCUGAUGUCAUCGCACAGGCCAGGAAAAAAGGUACCGUGGUGUACGGGGAACCUAUCACAGCCAGUUUGGGGACAGAUGGCACUCACUACUGGAGCAAGAACUGGGCCAAAGCUGCAGCCUACAUCACAUCUCCACCCCUCAGCCCCGACCCCACCACCCCGGACUAUCUCAACUCCCUGCUGGCCUGUGGUGAUCUGCAGGUGACUGGCAGUGCUCACUGCACCUUCAACACUUCCCAGAGGGCCGUGGGCAAAGAUAACUUCACCCUCAUCCCAGAGGGAACUAACGGUACUGAGGAGAGAAUGUCCAUCAUCUGGGACAAGUGUGUGGUGACAGGUAAGAUGGAUGAAAACCAGUUUGUGGCCGUGACGAGCACCAACGCUGCCAAGAUCUUUAACCUGUACCCACGGAAGGGCCGCAUCGCUGUGGGCUCUGAUGCCGACCUGGUGCUCUGGGACCCCGACGCCACCAAAAUCAUCUCUGCUAAGAGCCACCACCUGGCAGUGGAGUACAACAUCUUUGAGGGGAUCGAGGUGCGUGGAGCUCCUCUGGUGGUGAUCAGCCAGGGCAAGAUCGUCCUGGAGGACGGGAACCUCCACACCACUGAGGGCUCUGGACGCUACAUCAGCCGUAAACCCUUCCCAGACUACGUCUACAAGAGGAUAAAGGCCCGAAGCAGGCUUGCUGAGCUGUGUGGAGUCCCGCGAGGUCUGUAUGACGGCCCGGUGUGUGAGGUCACUGUGACACCUAAGGUCAUGACCCCUGUCACCUCCGGAAAGACUUCUCCAGUAAAACACGUUCCUCAACCGGUUCGCAACCUGCAUCAGUCUGGAUUCAGUCUAUCUGGGGCUCAAAUUGACGACAACAUUCCUCGUCGUACCACUCAGCGCAUUGUUGCGCCCCCAGGUGGCAGGGCCAAUAUUACCAGCCUGGGAUAAAAUAAUUUACUCAUUACAGAGAUAAAAGGAUGGUAUGGGAUGGGGGUUAAAGAAACUUGGGCUUUUCCUCCGGGAUCCGUCCAGACGUCUGGACUACGUCCCAACAAGCACACCUCUACUUCCUCCUACACUUCUGUCCAUUCAUCCACCCCUAACACCCAUCCUUUUAACUCUAGCAUCCUGUUUUUGGGUGCAACUUUCUUAGAUGAAUAAGUUUCAGGAUGACUUGGCAUUGGUACUGUAAUAUCAGAUAUGUUGUGCUAUUUCACUUGACUACGUUCAGCACAGAAUACUGCUAAUUCUUCAGUAUGUAUACCGCGCAUAGUGAGGGGUUUCAGUAUGCAUAGAACGACCUACUACAUGCAAAAUGUGCAUUAUGCAACAGAGCAUACUGUACUGUGUACUGUAUCACAAAAUACAAUGCAACCUUUCAUUUCUCAUGUGAGGAAUGAACUGGAAAUAAUGUAUUUUUCUUAUUUGUUAUUUGGUCAGAAUUUUUAAAUUAGGAUUUUUUUUUUUUUUACAUGCAAUUGGAUUAAAACGCUAAAUUACUGUAUUUAUUAAUGCCUUGAUAAAUGUGACUUAAACAUGCAAUGCAUGCUUUAAAAAAACAAACCCUGUUGUUUCUGGCCAAGUGGUCCUGAAACUUAUUCGGCUAACCAAGUAAAUUGCGGUCCAAGGACAGGAACUACCCAGCUAACAAAAAUAUGUUCUAAGAACGUUUUGUGAAUGUUUGCAUUUAGUUAUUGUUCUCUGAAUAUUAAAAAUGGACCGUUUAAAAAUAAAAAGAACACAAACAUUUUGUUAAUGUUUCGGGUGUAAACGAGCGAGUUUAAAGUAACGGUUAAAAAAAUGUUAGACAAAUGUGGAACUGAAAUGUUUUAGAAAAACGUUCCAGGAAUUAUGUAUAAAUAAAGUUUUUUGGGUUAAGGAUUAAGAACAUUAUUAAAGACCACUUUGAAUGAAUGCUUUGUUCGAGACAAGAAACUUGCCAGAACGUUCUGAUUACGUUGUGUUAGCUAGGUAGUAUGAUCCAACAUUUUAAUGUUAUUAUUUGUUUGCAUUCUGGAUAGAACAGCACACAACUUCUGCCUGUAUGGUUUCGUGUUUAACGUGCUGUCUCCAUGUCGGUUUGUUGUUUUUUCCUUGUAGGAAGAGUUGAUGAGUUAUUUAUUGUUUAGGAUUCAAACCACAUUUACAUUUUACAUUUUGCAAAAAGUGUCAACUCUUCCACAAAUGCCUGAUUUGUUACAAGUUUUUAGAAUGUUGUUUUAUAUUGAACUUGAUAGUUGGAUUAUUUUUUUUAUUUGUAUUUUUUUUCUAUGCAUGUUAUGAUUUCGGUUUCAGGUCAGUGUUUCAACGCUUCCUGAAAGUCCCUCACAUUUGUCUUCCUCACAUUUUUGCACUCUGUUAUUUUCUCUCAGUAUUAUUUAACUGCCUUUUUGGAGAUGUUUAAAGCAAAAAAAUAAAUAAAUUUAACUGGUGUUUUUGACCGUGGUGCGCAGUCCUGUAGGGUUUUGAUGUGAUUUGAAUUCACUCAUUUUUUUCUAUAAAUUUCAAACUGUCCAUUCCUACUUUGUCCCACAGUUUUCAUGCAGGGGGUCUCACCAGAAACAAUACAAUACAGUUGAGAAAAUAAAGGAAAACUCUCUGUGUGCACAGCAGAUCGAGAGGGAGGUGCUCUUUUCUAAAUUAUUCUUAUUCUAAAUUAAACUUUAGGUCACAAUGUUUUUCUUGCGUUGCAGUUCUGCUUUGUUUUUAUAAAUUGCCUUGCCUGCCUCGUCACCAAGUGAUAUAGAUCUUGAUUCAUGUCUGUGAGUGUUGUUAUGACAAGCUGAACGUUUCUCAUGGAAGAUAUGUACACAAUUCAUCAUUCUUAAUGUCUUUGAUUGUUGCAAUAAAAUACAGUUGUGAACAAAA